UCGGUUUCCCCCACCCCCCACUGUAGGCUGGGGCCCCUUUGGAGAGCGGUCGAGAGGGGCUGUUUAACUCCCCUCACCUUUUCCCCCCCAGCCCUGGAGCCCUCCCCUGGGCGGGCUUUGGGGGACACGGGCCCCCCCUCGCCACCGCCCCCGCCCCGUGUGCACAAGCCUUGCUUCGUGUGCAGCGACCGCAGCUCUGGGUACCACUACGGAGUGAGCUCCUGCGAGGGCUGCAAGGGGUUUUUCCGGAGGAGCAUCCAGAAGAACAUGGUGUACACGUGUCACCGGGAGCGCAACUGCCAGAUCGACAAGGUCACCCGCAACCGCUGCCAGUUCUGCCGCCUCCAGAAGUGCUUCCAGGUCGGAAUGUCCAAGGAAGCCGUGCGGAACGACCGGAACAAGAGGAAGAAGGAGGUGAAGGAGGAUCUGGGUGGGGAUGAGCUGAGCCCCGAGCUGGCCGAGCUGGUGCGGAGGGUCAGCAGAGCCCACCAGGAGACCUUCCCCUCUCUGGGCCAGCUGGGCAAGUACACCACGAACUCGAGCGCUGACCACCGGGUGCAGCUGGACCUGGGGCUGUGGGACAAGUUCAGCGAAUUGGCCACCAAGUGCAUCAUCAAGAUUGUGGAGUUCGCCAAGCGGCUCCCGGGCUUCACGGGGCUCAGCAUGGCUGACCAGAUCACUCUGCUCAAGGCUGCCUGCCUCGACAUCCUGAUGCUGCGGAUCUGCACCCGCUACACGCCGGAGCAGGACACGAUGACGUUCUCGGACGGGCUGACGCUGACCCGGACCCAGAUGCACAACGCGGGAUUCGGGCCCCUCACCGACCUCGUGUUUGCCUUCGCGGGGCAACUGCUGCCGCUGCAACUCGAUGACACCGAGACCGGGCUGCUCAGUGCCAUCUGCCUCAUCUGUGGGGACCGGAUGGAGCUGGAGCAGCCCCGGCGCGUGGAGCGGCUGCAGGAGCCGCUGCUCGAGGCUCUCCGGGUCUAUGCCCGGCGCCGGCGCCCGUGGCAGCCGCAGCGUUUCCCCCGGAUGCUGCUCAAAAUCACUGACCUUCGUGGCAUCAGCACCAAGGGGGCAGAACGAGCCAUCACCCUGCGCACGGAGAUCCCGGGGCCGAUGCCCCCCCUGAUCCGGGAGAUGCUGGAGAACCCCGAAAUCUUCACCGAAGAGGGGCGGGAUGGCCCCCCCCCAGCCCCAGACCCUCCUGCCGCCCAGGACAGUCCCCCUGGCCCCCCCACAUCCCCAUAGCCCCCCCCAGCUCGGGGGGGAUCUCCAAAACUCGUCCCCAGUGGGGUGGGACACUCAGAGCUGCCUUCCAGGGAAGCUGCUUUCCCCUUCUCCCUUUUGCUCUGGGGAGGGGGAGCUCCCCAAAGUGCCCCCCCCUCCAAAUUUGGGGAAGGGGGCAGAGACUGAUAGAGCAAAGCUAUUGCCUUAAGCUGCGGGAGUCUGGGGGCGCCCCCCAAACCUCAGCUUCAUGCCAAAGCCCCCUCAGACCCUGCUGCCACCCCCCUUGUACUGGGGGAGCUGUGAGGGGGGGGGGGGGGUUCAGGGGCCCAGCCCCUCCCCACCAAAUUAAUGCCUGACACUCCCACAGUGCCCCCCCCACGGUUUAUUUAUUGGACACAGGGUGGAUUUGGGGGGGGGACACCCCCAUUAUCCCCCAGGACAUCCUACCGCCCCCCCCCCCCCCAAAUCUGGGGGGGGGACACCGUUUAUAUUGGGGGGGGGCUGCUUGUGGGUUUUGCUUUUUGAUGCUGUUGGGGUAGAGAGGGAAACCCCAAAAUUGCCCUCCCCGGUGCCCCCCCCAAACACUACAGAGACCAAAGAUGGGGGACACAAGGUGACCCCCACAACCCCCCCCAAUUUGGGGUGGGGGCUCAAGCCAUAGGGUGACCCCAAAAUCCUGGGGGUCCCCCCAGACCCAACUGCCCUCCCAAAUCUCUGUUACCCCCAGCCUGGCUGGGUUGUAGGGUCUGGCCUUACUGGCCCCC